UUUAUCAUUGAACCUUCAAGGGAACCCUGCAAAUUUUUACGUUCACAAAGCAAGUCCUCUUCUGCUAAGCCUUCAAGGAGAUAGCAGAGAUUAUAUCCAUUAAAUUUUUGGGAUUAUUAUUGACUAGUAAAGAAAUAUGUCACAACAAUUUAAAUUAAAUCACAAAGAUCUGGUUAUCUUUGCAACCAAGGAUGAUCACAGCAAACCCAGCACUAUAAAGUUGUCUGAGCCCGAUCCCCAGCCUGGAUUGAUACUUUCCAAUGGAGACAUCAACUGGAAUUGUCCUUGUUUGGGUGGAAUGGCUACAGGUCCUUGUGGGGUAGAGUUUAGGGAAGCAUUCAGUUGUUUUCAUUACUCUGGUGCUGAACCAAAAGGUUCUGAUUGUUUUGAUAAAUUCAAAAUUAUGCAAACUUGUAUGCAACGAUACCCGAGACUUUACAAUAAAGAAAUCGCCGACGAUGAUGACCUCUCCGAAGCGAUUCAACAGUCUGAGCUGGCAGCAAAGGAAGCAAAAGAAGAAAAUACAAGCGUGCCCAAAGUCAAGGCUGCAGCAGCUAGCGCUAGUAAUUAAUUUAAACAAAUACUUGUUUUUCUUUAGUUAACAAACAGACACGUGAUGUGAUUACAAUUGUUUUAUAUUUACGUAAAUAGCUGGUAUUACUGUUACAAUUUGCGGUAAUUAUUUUUGAUGAUGGAGAACUUGUAUGUGUGAUAAAUGUGAGGCAAACAGUUGUUCUAUUUAAUAAAGCUGAAACAUUUAUACCUACAA